AUGUUUUCGAAAAGUUCACUACUUAAAUUGGUGAAAAAUACGAUUGGAAACAAACGUAACUUAUGGAAAUGGGUCGCAGAUUCAUUUAACCAAUUUGACGAAGAACGCGCUAAAGAAAUUGGUCCUAAUUUAGCAUGCGCUGAAUGGCUAAUGAAAAAUGGUGCCAAAGUGCGGUGUAAAGGCUGCAGAGAAUUCGUAAGCCAUUACGAUUGUUUACCAACUAGAUAUGAUGUUCUUGGCCAGUUCAAAAUCGAGCAAGUUUAUGCUGGAGAAGAAGCUUCUAUAUCACAUAUAGGAUUUACUCACUUUAGAGACUGCAAUAAUAUUUUGGAUAUAGCAUUUGUUCGAUGUAGUACAAUCGAUAAUGAGGCGAUACAAAAGCUUCAGAUAUUAAAAGAUAGUUUAAAAUCUUUAAAAAUUGAUAGUUGUGAAAAUGUUUUUAACGAAGGAAUAAUAGAAUUAGAACAUCUUCAGGCAUUGAAAUAUUUAGAAUUGAAAAACGUACAAUUAGAAAAUGAAAUGAAAAUAAUUAAUCAUCUGAAAUUGAAGUUGCAGAAUUGCAAUAUUGUUUACAAUGACGAAAAAUAG